CCCAAACAAAACAGAGGCCAUAAGGUGAUUGCCGUGAGCAGAAAACGAUGGAAAGACGAAUACGACUCGAAAAUGAUUAUUCUGGGCCUCCAACUAACACUCAUUACGAUGAAGUCCGUAUUUACGAAAACCCGGCGUUCAACAGCUUAGAUAGAGCUCCCUUCACAGCCGACAGCAGCGUGUUUAAAAAUCGUCCUCCCAAGAAACCACAUGUUGAGAACACGAGGAGCGUCAGCCGUCGGCAUCAAAGAGAUGAUAGACUACCUCAAUCUUCUUCAGGACGAAUGCGAUGUCUGGUGGCUUUGAUUAUUCUGUUAUUGGUCUUAACAGUCCUAUGCCUUGGUGUAACAAGUUACCUGUGCUAUAAGUUGAUUUUUGAGAAUAAAACUGGAAAAGGAUCUAACGGCUGCGACAAUGAUUCGAUCGCGGAAGGUGAGAAGUUCCGCUCAGAGUGGAAAAUUACCUCAGAAAAUGUAAAAGAGCUGCGCACAAAUAUUUCGAGCAUAGAAAACUUGAAAAAAAACUUUACCUUCCUUCAGGAGGUUAUCAAUGAUUUAAACUCGGAGAGAAGGCAUCUGCUUGAAUCCGUGAAAAGGUUGAGGGAAGAGUAUGAGAGGACUCGACAGCAUGUCUUACACAACAGACGAGCGAUUUCUUACCUCAACAUAAGCUCUUUACAGCAAGGAGAUUUAUCCGGUUUGUGGGGAAAAUUAAAUUCGUCAGAAAAUGAACUCCUGGAUGUCAAAAAAAAGGUGAUCAACAUGUCCAAGAUUGUCCCACCCAGGGGAUUGCCGGGAUAUAACGGUUCCCAGGGCCGAGUGGGUGGUCCCGGACCAGCAGGACCGCCGGGAUUGCCAGGUCCUGGAGUCAAUCUAACUCUUUGUCUCUAUAAGAAACUCAGUUCGAAAGGAUUUGUUAGCAGUUCAUACGCCAGGCAAUCGAUAUCUAUAACUGAGAAAAAAGGCACAAGAGUCAUCAGUGUGCACUGUGACACAAAUGACGCCAAAACUUUCCAACUAGAAUCCACCAUUGUGUCAGGUCAAAGGAAGUAUGACUGUCUGUGUGAUGGAACACUUAGUACUGGAGAACCAACGAUGUAUUGCUACAUGCAUUACUGGGAGUGUCCUACUUGACUGCAUCACAUCCUUGAUCGGGUAACAGACAAUGGGAUUGAGCUCUCUGUUCCAAACCCUCACUCGGUGAAGGCGAGGGAAAGAGCGGCACUUUCCAAAAACAUUUUGAUGAGGGCGUGGAUGAGGAUUCUACUCCAAAAUUCUUACUCUCCCUUCGAUCGCCUGCGUAACUGUUUACGUUUCUCUUGCGUCAUUCAACCAUCCAUCUAUCCAUUCAUCCAUCUAUCCAUUCAUCCAUUUAUCCAUUCUUUCAUCCAUCCAUCUUUUUAGAUCUUAAAAAAGCCUUUGAAACGGUAUACCACCAGUGACCAUGCCCAAAGUGGUGAAAACUUCAUACCGUGAAGGCAGUCCUAUUUGUAAAAUAGAUUUCAGAUCGUGCGGAUUACUCUUCCAAAAAGGCCACCUAACUGAUACAGUGUUCCUCAGGCAGAAGGGUCAAUGCUUGAGCCACUUUUGUUUAACAGUAUAUUUAACAACAGGAGGCUCCUGUUAACAACUAUUCACCGAAGUAGGGUGAAUAGUGGUGGAUAUUUUACCGAGCGGCGGGUAAAUAUCCACCACUUUCACCGUCAUUGACAGACGUGAAUAAUUUUUUCCUUAUAUACCACGCAGAUACCAAGAGAAAAGUUUAUUUCUUUCAAAAUACCGAAAAAUGGUCAAUUUAAAUUUUAAACGCGUGAGUUUGUCUUGCUGCUUGGUUCUGAAUUAUUUUGUACUUGGCAAUUCACUUCCGAACUAGCCUAUCAGCGCGCGCGAAAAACACUCUUGACUUGUGUGGUAUUUACCAAAACUGACUAUUCUACCUCAAGAAUGUAAACAGAUGAUAUUGAUAUGACUGUUACUACUUGCAGCAUCCUUGAGCUGCAACAUAAUGUAAAUAUUAAUUUGCAAUAUCUACAAAAGUGUAGGCAAUAGCAACUGUCUCGGCCUAGAAAUCGUUGAAUUUCUGACGUGGAACGCUAUGUUGGUGGUUUCUUAAGAAAAUAUCAUCUGGUACAGGGGCUAAAAAUAGAACUCGGCUUUAUGUUCUUACUUCUAAGCUGAAAAGCCAUAAAGCUGAUAAGCUUCUAAAGCUGAUAAGCCAUACUUUGAUUACUGUAGCUUUGUAAAGAAUGACAUCAGUGACCGCCCUACUGACAAACUUCAAAGUUGGCAAAAUCCUGCUGCACGUGUAACAUAGGUGUCCAUCGCCUCUCAAUUACCUACCAAGGAAUUAUUGAGCAAAACCUGACAGGUCCAAUCUCAAGGAGAGUAGAAAAAAACAAGCAAACAAACAAAUAGUUCUUGUAAUGUUUAAAAUCACUAGGGAUAUGAACCUAGCUCACUUAGAUGAUAUCUUCUCGAGUAAUAUCGGGAAAUCGGUUUAGAAGCUGAGAACCUUCAUUAGGAAUCUACAGCUUUACAGGUUGUUAAAACAGACUACUACCAGAAUACUUUUGUUGACAUUAGGGCGAAAGUCUAGAAAACGUAAUCAAACCAAACAAAAUAUGAAAAAUUCAUGAGAGGUAGGGUAACUUUGUGUUUUAGUCAUGACCCGCUACUUAUGGAGUGAAAAUGGAAUAAAACAGUCGACUUUCAAAUAAUUUAAUAUUUUUUACAGAAAGCUAUGCCAUGCAACAGGCUAAGAUAUUUGUAUUUAUUAAGUUAUGUAAAUAUGAUUUAUACUACGAAGGUUCCAAACGUUGUCGAAUUGAAUGCAAUAGCUUGUCACAACGGCAGGGCAAUAAGCCGUGCAAUAACUGAUUACUUAAAUUAAAUUUUAAGUUUUCCUUGCAGCUUACUGCACAUUUUCGGUAUUAAAUAUCAUUCUUUUGCUAUU